GCACGAGCAGCGCUAUCACUCAGCAGCAGGAUUAUCAGGAAUCAUGAGCGUGGGAAAACUGCCAAAGACAGUACCCACUCGGAAUGAUCAUUGAAGAAUACAGCAACCAUAGAAUCACAUGGCAUCGCACGGUGAUCCACAGUCCUGGGAACAGCAGAACAAGAACACAGGCGGUGUGUGUGUUAGCGCUGGCCGUGUGUGAGGCGUAUGUGUUUCAGGCCGGUCAGUCAUCAGGUGAGGUGGACGACACUCCUCCACAGAUCAGAGAUUUCUCGGGCUCCUGUAAGGGCCGUUGUUUCGAGCUGAAGGAGGCGGAGCCACCCAGCUGCAGGUGUGAUAAUCUGUGUAAGACGUACCUGAGCUGCUGCUCUGACUUUGACAAAGAGUGCCUCAAGACAGCGGGAGGGUUUGAGUGUUCGCGAGAGCGCUGUGGUGAGGUCAGGAAUGAGGAUCACGCCUGUCACUGUUCAGACGACUGUCUGCUGAGAGGAGACUGCUGUACCAACUACAGACCACUGUGCAAGGGGGACAGCUCCUGGCUGGAGGGGGACUGUGAGGAGAUUCAGAGCCCAGAAUGCCCUGCAGGGUUCAACCGUCCUCCUCUCAUCAUUCUGUCUCUGGAUGGCUUCCGCGCCUCCUACAUGAAGAAAGGGAAGAGCGUCUUCCCCAACAUCCACAAACUGAGCUCGUGUGGAACCCACGCCCCUCACAUGAGACCCGUGUACCCGUCCAAAACCUUCCCCAACCUCUACACGCUGGCCACGGGUCUGUACCCCGAGUCUCACGGGAUCGUGUGUAACUCCAUGUAUGAUCCCGUGUUCAAAGCUCAUUUCAGACUGAGAGGACGAGAGAAGCUCAAUCACCGCUGGUGGGGCGGGCAACCCAUUUGGAUCACAGCAGAGAAACAGGGUGUGAAGGCUGGGACGUUCUUCUGGCCCUGGGUGAUUCCUCUGGAGCGGAGGAUCCUCACUAUCCUGCAGUGGCUGCACCUGUCUGAUGAAGAGAGGCCGUAUGUCUACGCUGUCCACUCAGAGCAGCCGGAUGCGUACGGACACAUCCUGGGUCCUCUGAGCAACGAGCUGGAUAACACUCUCAGGAAGAUCGAUAACAUCAUCGGUCAGCUGAUGAACGGCCUGAAACAGAUGAACCUCCACCGCUGUGUGAACAUCAUCCUGGUGGGCGAUCACGGGAUGGAGGAGUCUCACUGUGAACGGACAGAGUAUUUGGGCUCUUACGGACUGGAUGUUGAUGCUAUCACACUGAUCCCAGGAUCCUCCGGAAGAAUCGGCCCCAAAAGCUCCAGCACACCAUAUGAUCCAAAGGAGAUUGUAUCUAAUCUUACAUGUAAGAUGCCCAACCAGCACUUCAAGCCGUACCUGAAGCAGCACCUGCCCAAACGCCUGCAUUACGCCAACAACAGACGCAUCGAGGACGUGCACCUGCUCAUGGACAGGAAGUGGCACGUGGCCAUAUCUCCAGCUACCUGCGGCUUCUUUGGAGACCAUGGCUUUGACAACAAGAUCAGCAGCAUGCAGACAGUCUUUCUGGGAUUUGGACCAAGUUUCAAUUUCAAGACAGAAGUGCCUGUUUUUGAGAACAUCGAGCUGUAUAACGUCAUGUGUGAUCUGCUGGGUUUGACUCCAGCUCCUAAUAACGGGACUCACGGCAGUCUGAACAGUGUGUUGAGAAGCCCCCCCUACACCCCCACACGGCCAGAGGAAGUGACAUCACCCACGACUGUAGCCCCGCCCACUGAGGUGACCCAUGACCUGGGCUGUAACUGUGACGACGAGAACAACAUUGAAGAAAGUUCCCAGAGGUUUCCUUCCGCUGCAGAUGGACUGUUGAACAACGUCACACACCUGCCGUUUGGCCGUCCAGCUGUUCUCUUCCAGACGUCGUACACACAGCUGUGUCACUCAGAUUACUGCAGCGGAUACAGUCUCGUCCUCAACAUGCCCCUGUGGAGCACUUUCACUCUCACAGCACAGGUGGAGGCUCCGGCCGUGUUGUCCAGCGAGUGUGUGAGAGCAGACGCUCGUCUCGAUCACACACACACAUGUAACUCGUACAGCCAGGUGCCAGACAUCACACACGCUUUCCUCUUCCCACCGGAUUUCUCUGCUUCGGCUGAAUCCAGAUAUGAAGCUUCACUCAUCACAAACACCGUCCCCAUGUACCCCGCCUUCAAGAGGGUGUGGGGUUUCCUGCAGAGGGAUGUCCUCAGGAGAUACAGUCUGGAGAAUAAUGUCAUUAAUGUGAUGAUGGGACCCAUAUUUGACCACGACCACGACGGACUGAGAGACACAGAGGAGAAGAUCAAAGAACACACACUGGGCUCCGUCUUCAUCCCCACACACUUCUACAGCAUCAUCAGCAGCUGUGAGAAACUCAACGAGACGCUGGACGAGUGUGACGGAGAUCUGAGAGUCACCUGCUUCAUCCUGCCACACAGAGACGACAACAGAGAGAGCUGCAACAGUUUGGAGGACGAGUCUCUUUGGGUGGAGGAUCUGCUGAAGUUACACACGGCUCGAGUGAGAGACGUGGAGCUGCUCACGGGUCUGGACUUCUACCGCUCCGCUGCGCCAUCGUACACGCGUGUGCUGGCGCUCAAAACACACAUGCAGACCUUCGAGGAACACGUGUAAUGAGAUGUCUAACACACUGCAGCCCAUGCUUCCACUGUAUAGUUUUAUACACUGUGACAUAUUUAUUAUUCACCUUCAAGCUAACAAUUAAACCAUCUCACAACCGCAGUCCCACAUCCAGCUCCUUACAUCUGUAAACGUGUUCACAACAUGAUGCAGUUACCGCAAUUACUAUCUGAAAAAAAUGUGCUCACAUCCUUAAAAGAACUCGUAGACAGUUUUAUGUGUACCCUCAAACUUGUGCAGCAUCAUGUCUGUUGUUAAUGUCAUAAUGCACGACUAAAAAACAUUCAAUAGUUUAAUAUUCAUCACUAUAGUAGAGCCAAAUAAACAAUACAUUUGAUAAUAAUUAAUUUGCAUAACAAAAUGCUAUAAUGCAUUGGUUAAUAUUAAUGAACUACAUUAGAUAAUAUGAAGUAACCCUGAAAAAUACUUCUAAAGCAUACUGCGAAAAAAACAACCUUCCUGCAUAUUUUUUGUUUUGUUUUCCAAUACAGAUAUCUAAACAUUUAAAAAAUAAGACUUAAGCUCAAAUUCAUAAUAAAAAUAAUGUAUUUUUGAGAUUAAAAAAAAUGAUAAUUUAAAUUAUGUGAUUUCUAAAAAAGAAAUAAUAAUAAAUAAAUCUGGGACUUAAUAUAUAGAACAUUAAUUUUUUUUUAGAUAUAUGACCUGAAAACUACAGAGAAAUACAAAGGAAGAACGUCUUUUUUGCACUGCAGUUAUUAAUAUCUUUGACAUUUCUGAAUGCAUUAUAAAAAUCAGAAGUUGUAUCUGUUAAUAUUGUUUAAUGGAUCUGAGCUAUGAACUAACAAAGAACAGUUGUAUUUUUAUUUACUAACAUAAAGAUUAAAAAAUAUAUAUUGCUGAUUGUUUGUUAGUUAAUAUUUGUUAAUGCAUGCAGUCAUCCACUUACAGGAGUUUAUUGUGAAACAUUGGUGUCUUUCAGUGCAUUUGUUGUACUCUGGUUUUAUCUAGCCUGUUGAUUACUCAGAGAGUCUUUCAACAGAAAGACAUAAUUGCAAGAAUGUGAUCCUUCCAGGUUGUCAUUUAGUAGUUGCGAUAAUUAUGACGUGGGUGAACGCAGCGUAAACACUGAGUGUGUGUGUGUGUGUGUGUUUAGUAGUUGUCAAACUGGCUUCUUUGUUCAAUCUGGAUUUUUUUUUAGCAUGUAUAAAAGUAUGAGCAAACACGUGUGAAAGGUGAAUUUGUGCAUGUUCAGUGAUACUGAAUCUUCUUCCUGUUGGCAGAAGACGGUCAUGUGACUCAUGUUCUGAGCCACUGAUGCUCUGUCUUACUAAUGAGUGCCGUUAAUGAUUGUGUUCAUUCAAUAAAUUCCUCAA